GAUAUCCUCGAGGAGCCCACAGAAAAUAUGAGUGACCAGAAUUUUCAUAGCAAAAUCCUUGGGGAGUCAGAAAGAGCUACUAGUGCACCACCUAAAUUAUCAUCUUAUGUGGGCACUAAACCCACCCAUUCAGCAAAAACUCUUAACAAGACCUCUCUGGAAGAAAUAUUAGACAUGUUGCCAUUAAGACCACACUCUGAAACAUGGAGGUCUCUGAGCGGUAUAAAAUCCUGUCCUACGAAGAUGGAGUAUGGAUGGGGAAAAGAGAAAAUGUGGCUAAGUGAUGUAUUUACCGAGGUUGGAUCACUGAGUAGAGCCAUGGAACGUGAGAAAGAUAAACAAAAGCUAUCCAUUGGCCGUAGCAAUUUGCUUGGAUUAUCCUCAAAUGAACAAAAUCAGACUGCCUGGAUUCCAAAACUUCAGAAGGGAAGAACAUACCAAGACUGGAGAGGGGUAGUAUUAUCAGAUACUAUGCCUCCAUACUCAUCGCUCACUAGUAAGGAACAUCAAGAAAGACUGAAAGCAAUAACGAAAAGGCAAAGGGACAAGAUGCGGCGCCGUCGAGAAACUAAAGUGAAAAUAUGCUCUGAAGAGCCUCCGAAGCCUUCAAAGAAAUCUUACAGGAGAAGGCGUACGCUCAGUAUAGUUCACGAGAAAGUCAAAAGGAUUGGGCCACACUUGGAUAUCUUUGAAGCUUUCAAAAACCUCCGAAAAAGACAAACCAAGGAUAAAUAUAUUUCAUCUGCCAUUAUUAUUCAGAAAACAAUCAGAGGAUGGCUUGUUCGUUGCAAAAUGCACAGAUUAAGGCUGAAGGCUAGGAGCCAUGGACCAAGUUUACUAGCUGUUGUAAAGGAAUAUCGCAAAGUGAUGUUUCGCAUUAAACGCCGAUGUGGAAUCUUGGAUCCAACUACACCCCUAAUAUUUGAUCAAAUAGAAGACUAUCUUGACCACAAAAGAUUUUACGAAACAAUGUUUACCAAGAGAGACUUCUUGAAAGAGAUGGAUAGAAAUGAGCUACCUAAAUUCUUCAGAGAUUGUGGCCUUUUCCCAACCCUGGCUGAAAUGAACAAUACAAUGAAAAUGGUAUUAGAAGGUGCUGAUUCAAAAAUAAAGAGCAUCAGUAAGUCUCAAGCAGUUGAAAUGACCUUCAUGUUGUAUCCACCUCGUGGUCUCAAGCUUAUAACUGCAGCUGCUCCCAGGUCAACCUGGCUGAAGCCAAUAGUCGAUGGGGAAGAUGGUUACAAAUAUUUAGUGGGUGGACAUCCAAUAUUAAAGGCAGCUGAUAUUCGAGUCGCUGGAGCUUUGGUAGCUGCAUCAAUGCGAGAAAGGAAGAGCAAAGAACAGGAAGCAAACCAAGCUGCUGCUGUAACAGAGAACAGUGUCUAACAUAGGAUGCAAUUCAUGCCCAGUUGUAAUAAAUGGCAUCAUCAAUUUGAUUAUAAAGAUACUGGAUUGUAAACAAACUUCAGUUUCCUCUGAUGAAAAUUCCCAGUAUACAAUGGAAAGCAUUUCAUCUUUAAAUCAUCAGAUGUAGACAGAAGAUAACAGAAACAUCACUCUUGAGCCCAUGCUAUACACUAGAUUCCUAUACUGUUAGAAACCAUAAUUUCAGUAGGAUUUAGAAACCUAAUGUGUAAAAAAAUUAAAAUUAAAAAAUCCCAUGCUU